ACUAAUAUGAUUUGAAGUGUCAAACUUGCAUUGAUUUAGAAUUCGCUUAUUAUCGUGCACGAUUGUUUAACGUAGGAUUUGGAUAUGAACUUUGCAGGCCUUGUUUGAGCUUUCUAGUGAUAAAGGAGUAAUCUUUCCAAUUACUUGAAGAAAAUAUUACUAACUGAAUAAGAAAAGAUUCCUAUUUGGUGUCUGAAAUCAGCUGAUAAUGCCUUCAGUCGUUUCACCUCAGUGGCAAGAGAAGGCCAGUGGCUUCUUCUCCACUUCAGGUACAAAUCGUUUCAUUUCUGCAGAAACGGAGAGGGCAUUAUUGCUUCGUGUUAGCCAGAAGUCGCUUCUCAACAAGAUGGAUGCUGGAAGCCUUGCUAUGGAGAUGGCCCCUAUCAUUAUGUGGCAGAAGGGACAGAGACCAGAAACUUAUAAGCAGUUCUGGAACCAGUCAUCAAGAACUCAAUCAAAUACAAAUACUGAUCCUUCACAGAACUACAACGAAUGGGACAUGCUUGCUGAUGAGAACGAAGAUAUGGAUGCAUCCUCGGCAAUCCCUUUGGAUGAUGGUGUGCCAAUCGAUUUCAGUGCUAUAGAGGUGCUACAGUGCUUAAUAGAACAUCACAAUGCCAUUUUCACGGAUGCAAAUGAGACGGUUUGGAGGUGACCUUCAGCUCUUAUCUUCAUUAUUCUUCAAAAUUGAUUCAACCAUGUGACCAAUAAUUUUCAAUUUCCCAUUUUAUGAACUAAAGCCAUAGAGUUGCCAUAUAUUUUGGAAGUUCAUUUGAUGGUGAUCUGUAUAUUUGUGAAGUUUACAUAAUGUUUAGGCUAGUAGCGCACUCAUAGGAUUCUGUUACACAUUUUGUAUAUUAUAGUUUUGUUUAAAGGUUUUGGUUUUUUCA